GACAGUCUGACAGUUGUUUGUGUUGGUACACAGUUUGUUGACGUUUUUUGAUCGGAACUACUCUGCUUUAUAUGUGAGAUGAUAUCAAGAAAGAGGCCAAACAAACUUACACCAGAAAACUGAAAAAGCAGAAGAAUUAAAACGUGCCUCUCCUCAGCAACAACAAAUCCAUCUAUAAUCCAAGAUGCAGCAAACGAGCACGGCAAUCUCGGACCUGAUCCUGGCCUUCACUUCAUUCGGAACAGCCUUUUCUCUCCUACGUCUGAACACUUUUGCCUCCGUCGGAUUCUUCCUCAUGGGGGCUGCUGCGAGCUGUGGUGUCUACCGCUUCAGCCGGACGACACCCAGUAACCAGGUUCUGUACUGGCAUCAAACGAUGGCCUGGGUUGCUACCAUCCUUGGGAUGUCACUAGUAGCGAGCGGAUUCCAUCGACACUAUAACAACUCCAUCAUGUCCGCUAUUCAUAUGGGAAGUGCCUUAGCUCUAAUGAUCCUCUCCAGUGCAACAAGCAUCCUGACCUCAAACACACAAGCACUUCUAGUGUCCAGUGUCUCGUCCGCAGCCGUUGUCUCCAUAGGUGUCUUCAGUGCUCUCCACACUAACCCGUUUGGGAUCUUAGGCGCUGUGUUUUAUGUCGUAGCCGGAGCGGUUGGAACCAAGGGAGAAUUUGCCGGUGUUCUAUGUGUAGACUGGUUCCAUUUUGUGCUAGCAUUCGCCAAUGUUGUGUUUUUUAGAGCUUUUAACUAUGACAAUGCACAUGUUUUCUACAAAGAAGGUUGAUGCAGGACUAGCAAAAUCAAGUGGACUUCCAUGUGCUUGGUGUCAAUCCAAAACAUCUGCACCCUUCCAAAUACAACUUUGUGUUGGUGUUGUUAUAGAUUUUGUGUUGAACAAAGAAAAAAUUACUAUUUUUAGAACAGGAUUUGAACCUGGGACCUAGUCUGGUCCCCUGACC